GGUUCUUUCUUGCAGGCAUUCCAUUCCAUUCCAUUUUCUCGCCUCCUCCUCCGCCCGUGGUGCCGUGGUGGUCGUCGCCGUCUUCUCUUCUUCUCGAGUCAUCGGAGAAACACCUCCUCGCCUACGGCACGCAAGCAGCGGCCUCCAGACCACCAGAGCACUCCUCUCGCCCGCGCCUCGCGGUUUCAAUGACUUGUGUUGUCGUCUACUCUUGCUCCUUCACGACCGGAUUGACUUUGGGCCACCUUUCCUUUUCGAUUCUGCUUUAUUUAUCUUUGUGCUUGUAAAUAAAAAGAGCAUUUUUUUAUUUUUUUAUUUUUGCUGGGAGGGGAUCCUUCAUCCAGCCUGCCUCGCCCUUUGCUUGGAUUCCAUCCUUCCAACUACCCUACCCGCUUAGCUUUCCAGAUAUAUCUUGUUUUUGCGGUUGCUGCUGCUGCUUUGUUUUUGCGGUUGAUUGGAUUUGGACCAAAAUUCAAUCAUAUUUUGUUUAAUUUUGAGCGCGUCAAACAGAUAGGCGCCUCCUAGGAGUAGGAGAUCUCAUCUGCUCUGGUCUAGUCUCAGCACGAGGAUCCUGCCCGCGCCUGAGAAGGAAGCCUGCCGCCGCUGGCCAGCGGGGGAGCAACUGCAAGGGUAUGUGACGCUGCCGCCUGCCUUUGCCUUGCCGCAGGCAAUGUGCCGGGAAAUGGACCAGCAGCAGCACGCAACAAGGGAGGCUGCAUUGGAGGUUUUAGAUGGCAGCCUGCAUGAUGCAGAUCGUUUCAGACAUCAUGAGUCUGGGGAUACCACUAAGUACAGCAAUAAUCUGUCCACAGAUGACAAUUUCUCCUCCAAUGCUUCAUGGCACAGACACGGAGAUAUGAGCCGCGAUCCAUCUGCAUCUUAUGUUGAUGACCGCUCAAUUAAGUCUGGUGAUGAUUCUGAUGGAGCUGAAAGUACCAAUGGAAAAAGCAGCAUUACAGGUAGCUCAUGUCUAGAAAAUGAUAGCAUCUGGAUACCUCCUGAAGCGGCAGAUAAGGAGGAUGAGACUGAGAGUUUCGCCACAAGCAUUACUUAUGACGACGAUGACGAUAAUUAUAGCGAUGGAAUAAAGUGGGUCCAGUCAAGUUUCCCAGCCACUGGUGAUGAACAUGAGGCCAGCACUAGCAAUCCUAGGGAGGAACGAGAAAAGGCGAUGCUAGAAGCUAUGAAUGGACAGCUGAAGAUACUUGUCAGUCGGUUCCUGGCAACUGCUGGUAUCUCUUCUUCCAAGGGAGAGGGCAGCGAGAGUUGGCUUGGCAUUGUGACCUCCCUGUCGUGGGAAGCUGCGCUACUUAUCAAACCUGAUGGUAGCAUGGGAAAGGAAAUGGACCCUGGAUCUUACAUCAAGGUCAAAUGCAUAGCAUCUGGUACCCGCUGGCAAAGUGAGGUGAUCAAGGGGUUAAUCUUCAAGAAGAAUGCUGCUCAUAAGCACAUGCCGACCAAUUGCCACAAUCCUAGGCUUCUGCUUCUCAAAGGAGUCCUCGGGCAUUCUGAUGUUGGUUUGUCAUCAUUUAAUUCAAUGGAUCAGGAAAAAGACCUUCUGGAGAGGGCUAUUAGUAAAAUGAUGGAAACAUGCAGGCCUAAUGUUGUUAUGGUUGAGAAAACUGUUUCACGAAACAUACAAGAACUUCUUCUGAAAGAAGGUGUCACUCUAAUUCUUGAUAUGAAGCUCAACCGGCUUAAUAGAAUCGCACGUUGUACGGGUUCUCCCAUAAUAUCGUUUUCAGAAGUUUUGGAUAAACAAAAGCUGAAGCAAUGUGACUACUUCCAUAUUGAAAAAUUUAUCGAGGAGCAUAACAGCACCAGUGAAGGUGGAAAGAUGCCAUCAAAAACACUAAUGUUCUUGGAAGGAUUUCCAAGGCCAUUGGGUUGCACGAUAUUGCUAAAAGGAGCUAAUAGCGAAGAAUUGAAGAAAGUCAAGCAAGUCAUGCACUUCACAGUCUUCGCAGCAUAUCAUUUAAUCCUUGAAACAUCUUUCUUUGAAGAUCAGAGGGUUUUCCUAAAUGAUAAAAAUGUUUCAAAAGAAAUUUCUGUUACUGGUAUGGAAGGGCCUUCAGCAAUUGCUGUUGGUAGUACUAUCCCUGGCUUUCCUUCACGUGAUAACUCUCCAGCACUUAGACUGUACCAUGCCACUUCUAAUGGCUAUGCUGAUGUGAACAAAACUUUGAGAUCUCAAAGAAACCUAGAUGCUCCAAGUUCAACAACAAGCAGCUCUGCAAAUGAACUUGGAGAAGGUGCAAGUAUCCAGUAUGAUUCGAGGCCACCACAUAAUGCUGAAAGGCUAACAUCACCAGUCCCAGGACCGUUGAGGAAAUUAUUCGCUGACAUGUUAUGUCAUCAGAAUAUUUAUUUACCUGUCACAUCAUUGCAAGAGACAAAUGGUAACCAGAAAGAAGGCAGGGUUGAAUCAGGUCAAGAAUCGGCUACUAAUGGUAUCCAUGUAGGUUCAAAGGUGGAAAAGUCUGCAGUUUUGAGUGAAAAUGUGGAGCACACAGAUGUUCUUCAGAAACAAGAAAUAACUCAAGAAAUAAUGCCAACAGGUUCUUCUACAUGUGAUAAAAAUGAAGAAUCACCAGUUGUGGCAGAAAACGGGGAACACUCUAGUACCAGUAUCAUUAUCAAAGAGAAAUAUGUCGAGGAAGAUCAAGCAGAUGAUGCACUUGAUUCUCACAGCAUACUGAUUUUACUGUCUAGCCAAUGCAUCGCAAAGCAGGUUAUCUGUGAGCCUAGUCAUUUAUCUCGUAUAAAAUACUAUGGGAAUUUUGAUGUGUCCUUGGGGCGAUAUUUGCAAGACAUUUUGCAGAAUCAGAAACUGAGCUGCUCCUCAUGUGGAGAGCCUCCAGAGGCUCACAUGUACUCUUAUACUCAUCGAAAUGGAAAUUUGACUGUUUUAGUGAAGCAUCUGGUGCCCCAACACUGUUUGCCUGGUGAAUCUGAAGGGAAAAUAUGGAUGUGGACUAGAUGCUUGAGAUGUGAUCAUGAACAUGGGAUAUCCAAAUCGAAUCCAAGAGUACUGAUGUCAUCUGAAGCGCGCAACCUCUCAUUUGGGAAAUUCCUGGAACUUAGUUUUUCAAGCCACUCUGCAGCAAGAAGAUUAUCCAUAUGCGGACAUUUGGUGAACAGGGAUUGCUUGCGCUUUUUUGGGUUGGGAUCCAAAGUUGCGAUGUUCCGGUACUCAUCAGUUGAAAUUUACACUACCUGCAAACCACAACCCACUCUCCAAUUCCACAACCCCGUCAGACAGGAUUGGUUCGAAGGAGAGAGCAGACAUGUUCAUGCUAGAGGUACGGCACUGUUUUCUGAGGUUGCAAGCUUGCUACAACGCUUGAAGAAUGAGCAUCCUGAUGUGAUAAUGUUGGCUACCAAUCGUGGCAGUUCACUCCCUUUUAAGGACUUCUCUGAACUCGAAGAGUUGUUGAUGAAAGAAAAAAACAAUUUUGAGGGUUCUCUAGGCAAGACCAUUGAUCAAAAUGGGAGACCAUCCUCAUCUGUGCAUGAGCUUUUGAAUAUAAACUGGUCCUAUCAGGACCUUCUACUUGAGCUUUACAUAUGGGACCGUCGGCUACAUCAACUGUUCAACUGUAAAUCUGUCAGACUAGAAAGUUUUGCUAACUGCAAGAAUCCUGCCUCUUCUGUUGAUAGGAUUUCCUGUGAAAACCUUGAUAUUAAUAAGAAAAUAAGUGAAUUCACAUGUGAUGAAACUAAGAAUGCUUUUGGGGUAGCCAGUACCACUGAGUGCGCAAGUAACAAACUCUACCUUGCCCAUCAACCAGGGGAGGCUGCAGCAUCCUUGCUUGAUGAAACUCAGGGAGCUGGCCACUCGGAACUUUCUUGCAAUGGAGGUAUUAAAGAUGCAGAAUCUUCCAUUGAUCCUGGUCAUGUCGAGGAAGACAGCACAACACAAACCCAAAAAGUUUCUUGUUUCGAGAUAUCCAACAAUACAGAGGUCCAGGGCAAUGUGGUGGUGGCGGAUCCAAUACCCAUGGUGCAGCAGCCUUCUAGCACUCCCCAACAGUUCGGAUAUCCUUAUUGGGAUGACAGGGACAGGUGGAUUUGGAAUUCAGUUUCUGAGUCUCAACUGGCUUACAGGAAGGACAUUCAAGUUGGAUAUUUGGAAAUUUUUGAACUCAUUAACCAUUAUUCACCAUCCUAUCUGUCUCCCUUGUUUGAACAACAUGAUGAGGUGGUCUCUCCGCAGUUCGCAGUUGGUCCAAGUAGUAGUAUUUUGUGCGUGCUGGAGGAUGAGGUAUCCAGCAUAAUAGCUCGUGCUCUUGCCAUAUCUGAAGAACGUCACCAUUUAAUAGAUUCCAUUGUUGAGAAUGAAGUGGAUGAUGCCAGGGGAGCGCAUUGUAAAACAAUGGAGAAAUCCUAUAGCUUUCUGUCUGAAAGUUCUUUCAAUUCAUCACCGUGGUCAUCUAUUGGAUCUUUAGAUUCUGAAGCAAGCUUGUCGUCUCUCUCGUCAUUUUCAUUUGAUGACUUUUCCGGUUAUGAUAGCUCUCCUUUAUUGUCCUCGAUGCAUCCAGAAAUUACUGUCAACGGGAAAAUAGCACUAAAAGGCAAAUAUUCGGUUACUAGUAUAUAUGCUAAUCAGUUCUACGCUCUUAGAAAGAAGUGCUGCCCAUCUGAGCUUGCAUAUAUUACUUCCUUAAGCCGCUGCAAGAAGUGGGAUGCUCAAGGUGGAAAGAGCAAAGCUUUUUUUGCAAAGACAAUGGAUGAUAGGUUCAUCAUAAAGCAGAUCAAGAAAACAGAGUUUGAGUCAUUUAUUAAAUUCGCCCCUGAUUACUUCAAGCAUGUUAACCAUUCUCUAGACACUGGAUCCCAAACUUGCCUUGCCAAAAUAUUAGGAAUCUAUCAGGUGAAGCAAAUAAGGCAUGGCAAAGAGGUAAAGAUCGACCUGAUGGUGAUGGAAAAUCUUCUCUUUGGCCACAAUAUUUCGCGGAUUUAUGAUCUUAAAGGUGCUAUUUUUUCGCGUUGGGUUGCUGACUCAAAUGAUCAUGAGACUGUUUACCUGGAUCAAAACUAUGUUGAGGACAUGCGUGUUUCUCCAAUCUAUAUUGGUGGAAGAACAAAGCAUCUUUUGCAGCGUGCAAUCUGGAAUGACACAUCUUUCCUCACUUCGGUUAAUGUUAUGGACUAUUCUCUGCUUGUGGGAGUGGACAAACAAAAGCAUGAGCUUGUAUUUGGCAUCAUUGAUUAUCUGAGGCAGUACACUUGGGACAAACAACUAGAGACAUGGGUGAAGACUUCUCUGGUUGUACCCAAGAAUGUUUCACCAACUGUAAUUUCUCCCAGGGAGUACAAGAAAAGGUUUAGGAAGUUCAUGGCAAAGUACUUCCUUGCAGUUCCAGAUACUUGGAGUCCUGAUAAUCCUUCUAAGUCAUGCAAAUCCUUUGGUCAUAGCAAUCACGAUUCAGUAGAAGUCCAGAAUGGGGAUAGCCUGGUUCAGCAUCCAAUUGAGGCUGAGGCAUGCGCCUAAUCCUAUUCAGGAUUUCCUGACAGUUCUGUUGAAGCCUUCCAGUUGUUGUUUAGCUAAUUUUCUCUUUGUAAAAUGGUGUAUAUAGGAAGGCCUCACUAUUGAUCUCUCCAAAAGUUUGCAGCUUUUAGGAAAAUCGUUGGGGCAAGUGAGGCCCACAAGACGUGUACAAAUGUUCAUUGUUAAUUUCACAAUUAUUAUAGUGAAAUUACAAAAUUUAUAUGAUUA